AUGCCGGAAAAUAAGUUUGAAGUGACCGAGGAGUACUUGGAUCCUCAAAGUAUGCUUGAGCUGUCCAUGCCCGGUGGUGCCUCCAAACUCUCUGUUCGUCAAAAGUUGAUAUUGAAAUGCAGAAGGGCCAUGAGGAUGAGGGAUACGGAGAAAAAAGGAUCUUCUUCAACUGACCCAGUUCAGAGUCAAUACUCACUGUCAUUGUCUUCCGCCGAAGAUAAGAAGAGAGGGUUUUUUGGCUCCGUACAAGACGUGUUGAGAAAAUACAUGAGAUUUGUUGGACCGGGUUUGAUGGUCUCUGUUGCCUAUAUGGAUCCAGGUAAUUACGCUACUGACGUUAGUGCUGGUGCUUCUAACGAGUUCUCUUUACUUUGUAUUGUGUUGGUUUCCAAUAUUAUUGCUAUCUUCUUACAAUCUCUAUGUAUCAAACUAGGUUCUGUGACGGGAUUAGAUCUUUCAAGGGCUUGCAAGAAGCACCUGCCCAAAUGGUUGAAUUUGACCAUUUAUGUGUUUGCAGAAUGUGCUAUCAUUGCAACAGAUGUUGCUGAAGUUAUUGGUACUGCAGUUGCAUUGAAUAUCUUGCUAAGAAUCCCAUUACCAGCGGGUGUGGUUAUUACCUGUAUCGAUGUCUUAUUCGUUUUGAUCGCUUACAAGCCAGGUUCUUCAUCCAUGAGAUUCGUCAGAAUGUUCGAGUACGCUGUUGCCCUACUUGUCUUUGGUGUUGUUAUCUGCUUCUGUGUUGAGUUGGCUUACAUUCCAAAAACUCCAGUGGGACAUAUUUUCAGAGGUUUUGUUCCUUCUAAACAAAUGUUUGAACAUAACGGUAUGUACACCGCUACCUCCAUUCUCGGUGCCACUGUCAUGCCUCAUUCACUCUUCUUGGGUUCUGGUUUAGUUCAACCAAGAUUAUUAGAGUAUGACGUUGACCAUGGUUACUACGAUUUGUUGGCAGAAGAAGAUGAAGACAAUGUCAUUGAAGAAACCGAAGAUACUCACUCUGCUGUAAAGGAAAAGGAAGAUAUCGAAGUCAUCAGGGAAAGAAGAUACUUCAAUUAUCAACCCACAAAUAGUGCUAUCAAGUAUGCCAUGAAAUAUUCCAUUUUUGAAUUGGCCAUCACUUUGUUCACCUUUGCAUUAUUUGUUAACAGUGCUAUUUUGAUCGUUGCAGGUGCCACUUUGUACGGCUCCGAGGAGGCUGUGGAUGCCGACUUGUACACCAUUCACUCUCUACUUUCUAAGAAUUUGGCUCCAAUUGCUGGUACUGUUUUCAUGUUGGCCUUGUUAUUUAGUGGUCAAUCUGCCGGUAUUGUGUGCACCAUCGCAGGCCAAAUUGUAUGCGAAGGUCAUUUGGAUUGGAACUUCAAACCGUGGAAGAGAAGAUUGAUAACAAGAGGUAUCUCUAUUAUUCCAUGUUUGAUUAUCUCCUUAACCAUAGGUAGGAGUGCCCUUUCCAAGGCUUUAAAUGCCUCCCAAGUUGUUUUAUCCAUUCUAUUGCCAUUCUUGGUCGCUCCCUUGAUCUUCUUCACUUGUAAAAAGUCUAUCAUGAAAGUCAAAGUGAACAACAAAGAUAAACUGAACGCUCCAACGGUUAUCGGCGAGGAAGAGCAACCUGAUGAAUAUAUUGACAUGUCCAACAACUGGAUCACUACCAUCAUUGCAUUUUUGGUAUGGAUUUUCAUAUCCUUGUUGAACGUUUACACUAUCGUGCAAUUAGGUAUUUCUCAUGGUGAUAUCAGUUGA